AUGGCUAUGGAAUUCACUACUUCACUGUCGCUGUCGCUACUAAAUAAUUCCGGCUGGAUAUAUUUGGCACUAUGGGUAUUGUCAUUAAUAUUAUCACUUGCCUUUAUAUUCUACUUUAAUAGGCUAGUGGGGUUCGUGCUAUCAAAAUUCCUACAAAUAAUACUAUGGAAAAGGAGUAAAUUGGAGAUAAGCAUGGAGUCUUGUCGUCUAUCUUUCCUCGGUGGGAGAUUGUUUGCUAAAAAUUUGGUAAUCAUCACGGCAAACGAAACAGUGUCUAUCCAGAAUCUAAAUUUCACCUGGAGAUACUGGAUCUUGAAGAGAACAAGACUACUGGAGUAUGCUCUUGAAAGCAACGUAGAAGGUGACGAGGAAGCUCCAGACAGUCUCUUCGGUAUCAUGGAAAACACUCGAUUACCUGCUAGAUUCACUUUAUUGAUCGAAGGUUUAGAAAUCUUUAUGUACAACAGAAACAUUGCAUACGAGAACAUGAUGGACUUCUUAAAACUGGAAGAAUUGAAAUAUUCGCAAGAUCAGAAGGGAAAAGCGAAGGAAGCCUCUACAUCUGUGAAUGUUCCCCAGAGGGUUCAUGAGUUAGGAGAGCAAAACAUACGACGCAGGAAUCCCCCCUCUGAUACUUCAACUUCAUUUUCCGAAUCAGAUAUCAGUAAGCAAGAACAGAAAGAGAAAGAGAAAGAGAAAGAGAAUGAAAAUGCACACUCCCUGAAUUUAUGCGCUGCAGAUCCUUCCGCUGCCCCCAAUACAAAGCCAACUGGUGAUUCAGUCCUUCAUUUUCUACUUCGUUUUUUACCCAUAUCAGUUAGAAUAAAGAAGGGUGCAUUUGUGGUUGGAAAUAACACUACUCCAUCCAUCAUAGUGGCUUCAUAUACAUCUGCAGAUGCUCUAAUUGAUAUCAACAAAUCGCCCUGCCUUCUUGACUUAUUUCGUCAUGUGUUUAAAUUUCGUUUUGAACGCUUUACUGUUUCAUUGAAAACCAAUCUUACGUAUGAUCCGAACAUGUUAAAUCCUUUGUUUCAUCACCAUGUUAAAAAUAAUGAGUUUGCAUUCAAGAAUAAGCUGUCAAUGGCGAAACUAAAGGACCAUAAGAGAUACAAGGCCUGGUUCAAGUUCCAAAAAUCUGUAGAUAUCUUUGUAAAUAAGGCAGCAAGGAAGCUAUCAAGAAAUCGUUUCGGGAAAGAUUACCUGCAACAAGGAGAAACAGAAAAUUACAAGAAUUGGAAAGGGUUAAGACGUUAUGUUGGGGAUAUAAUAGACGAAAAGGUAGAUUUUAGAAUAGACGCGGUUGAGGAAUACGCGAAAUAUAGUUUGAUACUUGAUUCAGAAUCAACUAAAUUGAUCUAUUACUACGACAUCCCAGGCUUGGUACCUCUCGAUAGUGCAACUAAUGAGUAUCCAGCUCCAGAAUUUGGAUUAGAUAUUGAAUUAUCAAUGGCUACCAUUCAUUAUGGACCAUGGGCAGACAAGCAAAGGAUUCCCUUGCAAUCUAUGCUUUUCCCAACACUAUACAGAGACUCAGAACCUUCAGGAUUACCUAUACCAGGUACGCUUAGGACAUACAAAGGUUUGGACAUGCUAGUCGAAGUAAAAGACGAGGUCAUAUUCAGAAUUCCUACAAGAGAACCGAGCAAAGAUAUAGCCAUUUUGAAGAACUACCAACAGCAACAGCAGCAGAAGCAUAAUAUUCAUCAGAGCUCUCAUAACGGUCAUAGAAUGAACGCUAAGAGUCUGGAUCUGCUGGAAGAUCAGGAAAGUCAGCAGGCUGGGGUUCCUUCUCGUUCCUUCGGUUGGUUAGAAUUGAAAAUGGAAGCCGGCUCAAAUAUCUCGUCCCAUACUUCGUAUGUUGCAACAAAAGAAUCUGGAUGGCCGAAUUCGUUGCAGGUUGAGUUUAUUAGUCCUGAAUUGAGAUCCUCAGUUAAUCAUGAUGUUUUUUUCACUGCUGAUUCUCAUAUCAUUUCAAGUAAAGUAGGAUUUCCUCUUAGUUGGAAUGAAAGGUGCAAUUGGGAAUUCAAAAAUGUCAGUAAAAACGCAAAGAUUUUCUUCCUAAGAGAACAUACUAUGUUAUUCUCAGAUAUAUUCACGGAUUUUGCUUCAGGUUUACCUACUCCUUAUGAACUUUUCAGACAAUUCCACUAUCAAUUCAAUUGGAAGAUUGAGGGCUAUAAAUUGUACUUAAACGUAAAUGAUUCAAAUAUCAUUGACCACCCUUUGGAUUUUGAUAAUAACAAGUACCUCUCCUUCCAAGGUGAUGAAUUGCAAGCUGAAAUAUCUAUUCCUCUUAAUGGACAAUUCACCAAAUCGAACACAAUAUCAUACAAAAUCCAGUCCACAUUUUUUAAUUUAAUCCUCGACACACCUCCAUGGCAUACAACAAAUGCAUUUAUGCAGCAAACUAAACUAGUUGGGAAAAGUAACCUCUUCACAAUUAAUGGAUCAUACACCUACUUUACAACUGUUGAAAUGAACACAUCGGACCAUAUUGUAAUAGAUAUGGUUGGAGACUACGUUACUCUUAGAUGCUACGGGUUUGUUGUUAGAUACCUUUUAACAAUCAGAGAAAAUUACUUUGGAGAUAAUGUUCAUUUCAAAACAUAUGAAGAGUAUUCACAGGAUCAGAGAAAGGAAACUGAUAGCUUCAAUGAAUUUGAUUACGACGAUGAUGUGAUUGAUGCAUCUGGGGAUACAGAUUCAACAAAGACUGCAGCUACAGAUUUUAGUUACUGGAAAAUUGGAAGAACCGAAAAUGAUAUCGAUGUCUUGUUCAUGUUCAAAGUGAGACAUGGUUUAGCAGUCUUGCCUUACAAUUUAUAUCACUCAACUUCACAUAUUGGGUUGAUGUUUGACUCACUUGAUGUCGAUAUCAGGUUUACAAACUAUUACAUGGACUUUCAAUCAGACGUUUCUCCAAUCUCAGGGGUUUUAGUAAAGCUGCUGACUUGGGAGAUGGAUGAUCCACAAGUUAGAUCACAACUAGCUAAUAUUAUUUUUGAUAUCCCUUUGUACAAAGAAAAAUACCUAAAGAAUCGUGAUAUGUCUAUAGAUGGGCUAAGUAUUCAUGGUCAUAGAAUGUUUGGUUUGCCCCCAGUUGAACCAACUUACUUUUGCAAGUGGGAUAUUGCUGCAGGAGAAAUUUGUGUUGAUAGUGAUGGACUAUUUUUGGAUGGAUUGCUGGGCUCAUUUAAAAAACUUGGAGUCGGUUACAUGGAUUUAGAAAACGAGUUGGUUGUUCAUAUUCCAACUUUAUACGAUGUGACCUAUUUUUCAUUUCAAUGUCCAAGUAUACAUAUCGGACUAAAUUGUGAAGUGGAAGCAAACACUAAACUUACUAUUGAUUUAAAUUCGAUAACAUUCACUUUUAAUGACCUUGCAAAUGAUAGAUAUACAUCAAAAGUAAGCUUAAUUAUCCCUUCGAUUAUCUUACAGCUACAAGAAGUAAAGAUGCUAAAAAGAAUACUUGGAUACAUUCAGACAUCCAUCAAUUUUAGCAAUUUCUGUCAAAAGAAAAAUUUUCUCGAACAUAGGCGAUUACAACAGCAGCAUAUAAGGACUAAUGAUGCGCCGUUUCACAGGUGUCCAUUCUUACUAUAUCCAGUAGAGAGAAAUCAUGUAUAUAUGGACGCCAUGGGGUGUUUCGUUACCUCAUUGACGCUUCCUGAUGUCGCAUUCCCACUCAGCAAAAAGUAUUCCGGGUUAGAUGAUGAACUAGAGGAGGACACAGGUUACUUAGACCCUGAAUCGGCUUUGAAUUUCGACGAAGAUUCUGAUACGAAUUAUCUGUCUUCUCUGGAGGGUACUUCGCCAUCAUUUGGUCUGACCCAAUUUUCAAGUAAUAGAAAACCAACUACAAAGUACGACACAGGUGAGUUUUGCCCUGAUUAUGAAAUUGACCCUGAAUUUGAGUAUGAUAGUUUCAUCUUUGAUAUUGGUGAUAUUAAUGCAUUUUUGUCCCCUAGGUCGUUAUUCCCAUUUGCAAAAUUAUUGCAAUCAUUUCAAGAUCCUGAUUUGACAUCUUUGAUGGAUUCACUACAUAUUGAUAUUAUACUGAAGCUUAAAAGUUUAUUGGAAGCUGAACGUAGUGUGAAAAACAUUAGAUUUGUAGCACCUGAGAUAAACUUAAAGGUAGGAGAUUUUGACAUCAGAGACCCACAAGAAAUAUUCCAGGCUUCUCCAAAGGUUCCUUUAAUAAACUUGAACAUUAUUGAGCCUUCGGUAGCAUUUUCAGUGAAGUCCAUCAAUACUCACAAGAAUGAAGAGAUAAUGACAACAUCAGACUAUACAGGAGCUGUCCAUAUCAAAGAUAUUAGGAUUUCUAGCUCAAAUCCUUCCGACUUCACGCUAGCUGGUUCAAUAGAUUUGGAAAAUGUUGAAUUCUGGUUUACAAUGAUAACGGAUGCUGAAAUUGUCUGUUCUCACGAAAUUGAUGGGAUUAACAUAGGAGUUUCAGCAAAUCAGGUAGAAUGGCUAACAAAUUAUUUGUUUGAUCUAUAUAGGAUUAUUGAACCUUCCUUACUAGAAUUCAAGAAGUUUGUUGAUACUAAAGAUAAGAAAUUCUUGGAACUAGUAUACAUGGUUUCGAUGGCUGGAAAGGAGUAUCAUAUUGAUUAUGACCCCGCAGUCUUAACAAAACCUGCCUAUGUUCUUAGAUCAUGUACUGAUCACACAAGAUUUCAUGAUUCCUGGAAAUUAAUGACGCGAAUACGCCAUGUUCUAGACUACUUACCCAACCUGUGGCAUAAAACACUAUAUGAAUCAAUGCUCAAUCAUCAUUGGAAGGCACCGAAAACAGCUUGUCAAGAAGUUCUUGCACUUUUCUCCCGUUGGAGAGCAUGGGAAAUAGGUGAUAUUCAAACUAGUUACUUCUUCCAAGAGAUUUUUCCCCAACAAGAACUGAAAUCCCACAACGACAAAAAGUUGCUUGCAAAUUUCAAGAUCGAUAUAAGAAAUCUCAAUGUCCAUUUACUGAAUAAUACUCUGAAUGAAAUAGACUUCAUUGACAUUGAAGGAAUGGUAAUCGCUUUAGGUGUGAAAGAUGAGGAAAAUAUCGAUGUAAAUCCUUUGGGCAAAUUAGGCAUUUUAGAGACUCUUCAAAGAUUAGAGGUUGUACUUCAUGCUUUUUCCUAUAACAGCAAGGUGUCUGAUAUUAUGUUGGAUUUGGUUCCAGUUAUAAGAGAACUAAGUAGUAGAUACCAGCUUUUGCAUAGCUCUAAAGAUCCUGAAAUCAUCAGCGAACUAGAGUUAGUAUCAAAAGAUUCAGUACUGCCAGAUAAUAGCAACAGACUCUUAAAUUUAAUAUCUAACAUUGAAAAUUUCAAGCAACAAGUUAUUUUGCCCUAUUCUUCCAUUGAAUUGAGAGGAAGCUCGAUAACAACUGCGACAGAAAUAUACAAGCUUUCUGCAAUUGACAUUGUCCCUUUUACCAUUUCAGUCAAGGCAGAGAGUGGCGCUCUAGAUAUUUGGGGUGAAACUAGAAUUAUUUCCAACUCGAUUGAAGAUAUUCAGUUUCUGAUUGGUAAUUUUGGAUCUUUAGACAAUGGUGUCAGAUAUGGAGUAGUGCAAAUUAAAAAAUUGUCUGCCUUUAUAACUGAACAAGAAAUCUCUUUAAUAAAAUCAAUAGAGUCAAUAAUUGAAGAAGAUAUUCCAUAUUUGAAAGACUUAUUGCCACAGGAUGGGAAGUUAGAGAAUUCCAUUGCAACAAGGAGUAAAAGUGAAACUACUUUGGCAGAUGAUUACAAAUGUAUUUACAAGAUAUUUGGAGAUGUUCACCUUGAUUUUCAAUUGCAUGAACUUCUAUGGUCAUUUGAUAUAUUAUACCCUUUGAACAUAAGUGGAAAAGCUCAUUCAACUAGACUUCUGAUAAAUUUACAAGAAGAGGCUAUUUUUGUUGAGUCUAUUGUUGAAAAGUUCUAUUCUAAUUUGAGUAUUGAGAGGAAGAACUUGAUUCGAUUCGAGAAUUCUCAAAUCCAUACGGAUAUCAAAUUCACUGACUGCCGAAACUUAUACUUGAUUGUUUGUUCAAUUAAUGUAGGGUUUACAAAAGUUAUGGUUCCACAAAUAGCUCAAGCAAUUGUACUCUCACUUUCAAAUUUCAAGUUAUUGGAAACAAAAGUGGAUGCUUUGAAGAAGAUAUUCAAUAUUGAGGUAAAUGAUAAAAUUGCGGCAGACCAUCCCACUACUCAAAAAUCAGAAAUAAUUCAAGACUCAAAGGAUUUUGCUUUUAAAUUUAAGUUUGGAAAUGACUACAUAGGUGUAUCUUCAUUUUUGGAUAGCUCUAAAAUUUCUUUUGAACUAGAAGGAUUGGCCAUAGGAGCAUAUAAUGUUGCUAACACAGGCAAGGAAGAUAAAUCAAUUGAAUAUUCUUUGGUUCCAACUUAUGGUGAGCUUGCGAUUCCAACAGCAAGAAUUUCAGUUUUGGACAGAAACAUACCUGUUGGGCUAUCAAGUAUUUUAGAUGUAAAUUUCACUGUCAAUGUUUUGAACAGUAUCCAAGGUGCACAGAUGCUGCAAUCUCUCCAAUUGGAGUCUCAGUAUUGUCGAAUUUGUGCAAGUCCGCAAGUAUUGUUCAAAAUUGUUGAUUUAUUUGAUCUGAUUCAAAGGAUUCUAUCUAGCGUGCCAUUCGAUUUUGGUGCGAAGAAGAGUACCAAUAAUCAUUCGAAACCCGAAGAUGCUGAACGUUCGUCUAUGCCAUUUUCGAUGCCAUUUUCGUCAAUUAACAUUUUAUCAUACAACUUUUGCGUCGGCUGGCUAUUUGGAGAUCAAAGCAAAAACUACCCUGGAAUAAUUAUUGGCGCAGAAAGAUUUUUUGCAGCUGUGGAGGAUACUGUUGGAAAAUUUACUUUAUUGGAGGCAUAUCUUUCGGUUGCAAAUGGAUCAAGAUCUUCUAAUUACUAUAGUGCACUGUCAGAGAAGAGUAACUUCAAUAGGGCGUAUUUGCCAACUAUGCAAGUUACAUACUUGAUUGAAAGAAGCGAAUUGGCAAGAAACUUGACUAUACAUGCUAAUGGUGGAGAGUUAGAUGUUAAAUUUUUGAGUGAUUCAAUUGUUUUAAUUGAAAAUGCAUUCAAAUCAAGUACAAAGGUUCAGGGUUUUUUCAACAAACGAGUUAGACCACCUCCACUUUCUAAUACAGGAACCCGAGACCCCAGCCCGGCUCGCGAAGAUACGCCAAGUUCUGAAAAUGCCUUACAAGCAUAUUUCAGUUCAAUCGAGUGUGUUUAUACAUUUGCGGGUUCGAAUAUCCUACUUUAUCGAAUGAAUGAUGAAAACUCAAAUUCAGCUCCUUCGUUGUUCCUACAUUCGCCGGCAGUGAAAAUUGCAACCAUGUAUAAGCACAAAAAAGAGAUUCCACCCGAUAGCUUGGAAAAAAAACAUACUAUUAAAUGUGAAGUCUUGACCUCUCCUUUCGACAAUACGUUGUAUUCUUCGUGUGUCCCAGUAAUUUUAGAUAUUGCUCAAGGUGUCAAAAGAAUGAUAAAGAAUACCAACAGCGAUAAACUGGAAAAGGAGCCAUUGCCAAUCCCAAGUGGUACUGCAAGUGAGCUUAUUUUUGCAGAUCUCUUGAAACAAGUUGAUCUUCACUUUGGAUUGAGAAUUGAGAAACAAAAGUUAUCACUAAGUUGUGAACCAACUGCGAAAGUGGAAGCAAUAGUUGCAAUUAGUGGUAUACAUUUUCAAGUUAAUACACUGACAAAUAACAAGACUUCAAUAACGAGUAUGCUUCAAAUCGAAGGGAUAUCUUCCUCCUUGCAGCAUGUUUAUUCUAGAGAGGUUAGUGGAUCUAUCGAAAUUAAGAAUGUGAUUUUAGUGAGUAAAGUAGACUUUGGCGAUAUCACCAAAGUACAAUCAACAGGGUCGUUAUCCGAUGUCUCAUCUUACAUAAACGUGAAACAAUUUCAGGACUUGAAUUUAUUUAUGGAUAUCUGGAUUCCAAAAGAACUCAUGGAGACUAAUGAAUCUUUCAAUGAAGAUAUAUUUGUCACUCCCUAUGAGAAGAAAGAAGAAUUGCUUUCAGUGGGCCCCAAUGAACAUGUAACUUCCAAUAAAAAUCUUACUACCAGAUUUAAAGAAGUUUCGACUACAAAUGCAGUACCUUGGGAUUUAACUUGUAUGAUUAUUAACUUCUCACUACAGGUUGAUUUUGGUCAGUCAUUGGGUAACUUCAAAUUGACAUCAAAUAAGAUAUGGGCAAUAUCGAAUAAGGCUACUAAUUGGGCACAGGACUUAAAAAUAGGUAUAGACAGUAUUUCACUAGUUCUGAAAGGAAGAUUGGGAGGAGAAUUCGAAGUGAAAAAUAUAUUUUUGCAUGGUGGUAUCAAUUGGAAUAUUGACGGUGAACAUAUACUCGACGUUCCUUUAGUGAUGCUUACCGGUGACAUUGAGAGCCUUCAAUUGAAAUCAUCAUUUGAUUAUCACGUAUUUGCCUUGGCUAACUUCAAGUCAUAUUCCAUCGAAAUUUUUAAUCAAAAGAGUGAGUCCACAUCGAUUAGUAAAGACCACUUAUAUAUAUCAACCAGUUUUGAUACAGCAGAGAUUUAUAUCACGUCCUUUGCUGCUUCCAAUGUAAUGGAUAUUUACAAUGCUAUCUUUAGAAUGAUGCAGGAGAAUAAAAAUUCAUACCGAGAAACAUUGAGAGAUUCUAAUAGGGGUAAGAGUGUGAUAGGGUCAUUCCAUCAUCAAGAUUCUCCCUACAAGACUCUUCUGAAAGUUGACACAUCAGCAUCUUUAAGUUCUACCAAGACCGCUCAUGCUGGAAAGAAACUUGUCUCUAAGAUCGAGGUUAACGCAGGGUACUUUUUGGUUCAUGUAUACCCUUCAUCAUUCGACGAUUCCAAGGUAUUGGUGGUUAAAUUGGACGAAUCUAAGAUUACUUUCGAUGAAAGUGAAUAUGAAGAUGGUAUUGCCAAUGAUUUACGAAUCCAAUUCAAUGGGUUGAAGGUCUCUUUAUCUAAAACUUCUCCAUUACUGGAAGAUUUUAUUCUCACCACCACAGUAGACCAGUUCUCGGAACAUGCAAAACGUGCUAGAGGAGGAACUAUAUUCGUAUUCCCCUCGUUCAAGAUCUCCAUGAAAACAUUUCAGAAAUACAAGUCCAAUCUAAUUGAGUACUUCUAUCAAUCAUCUUUUGGAGGUACUGUUGGUAUUAGAUGGAAUUUGGGAUCUAUUAAUUUCAUCAGAGAAAUGAUUGCCAUUCACAAGAAGGCUCUCUCGUCACGUACGUCUUAUAAGGAAAAAAUUAAGGCUAAUGAGCACUCUGAAGGCAAGACUGAAAAACAGAAGAAGGAAACCUCUCUGGAGAAAAUAGUUGUCAAUGAAAAUUACGAUGAAACUAUCAAUGCAACAAUUGACAAGGUUUCAGGAGACUCAAAAUAUGUAUAUGAAGCAUUAGCAACACCAAUUAUAGAAGCUCCACAGUUGAAGGAGUUGGGUAACGCAACACCACCACUCGAAUGGUUUGGGUUGCACAGAGAAAAAUUCCCCAAUGUUACUCACCAGCUAGGUAUAGUAGCAUUACAAAAUUUCAUUCAUGAAAUCGAAUCACUAUAUUCCAAGGUACUUGGAAAAGCAUGA